UUAAAGUCAAGAAGAAGAAGCAGCAGCAACAGAAGAAGAAGAAGAAGCAAGUGCAUAGUGGCGGUUUGGCCACCUGUGUUAUGCCUCCUGUCUGCUAUUUCUUUUUGAAAUGUCCUCUAUCGUAACCUUGCGGGGGAACAUUAUCUGAGGGGGGAGAAAAAAAGGGAAGAAUAUCAACCCGAACCUCGGCAGAGCCGCCAUGUUCCAAGCCAAGCUGGCCCCCCGGUUGGCCCUGGAGGCCCUGCGGAGGACUCGUCACGGAGCUCCUCACCACUGCCGUCGCUCCCUGUCCGGCCUCUUCCUCCUCGCAGAAGGACGGAGGACGGGAGACGCGAGUCUCCGCUCAGAUCCCAGUGCGUCGGCGGGAGGCCCGCGCGGCCACAGGGUUUCCCGGCCGUCACUCGGGCCGCGCGGAACACGGUCGAUCAGUUUGUCGGCUGCCACGGUUGUGAACUCGGCACCCGCUCCGGUCCAGCCGUACCUCCGGCUGAUGAGGCUGGACAAACCCAUUGGGACAUGGCUGCUCUACCUACCGUCUACAUGGAGCAUCGCCCUGGCUGCCGACCCCGGGUGCCUCCCACAUCUGGACGUGCUCACACUGUUCGGUGUCGGUGCGCUGCUGAUGAGAGGAGCGGGCUGCACCAUCAACGACAUGUGGGAUAAAGACUUUGAUAGAAAGGUGAGCAGGACGGCAUCCCGCCCCAUUGCUUCAGGACAGAUUUCUCAGAUGCAGGCACUGGUCUUCUUAGGAGGGCAGCUUUCACUGGCACUCGGGGUUCUCUUGUGCCUCAACUAUUACAGCAUAGCUUUGGGUGCUGCGUCGUUAUGUCUCGUCGUCUCCUACCCGCUGAUGAAGAGGAUCACCUAUUGGCCGCAGUUUGUGUUGGGCCUCACUUUCAACUGGGGAGCUCUGCUCGGCUGGUCCGCUGUCAAGGGCUUCUGCGAUUGGUCCGUGUGCCUCCCCCUGUAUUUCUCCGGAGUGAUGUGGACGCUGAUAUACGACACCAUCUACGCCCAUCAGGAUAAGGACGACGACAUCAAGAUCGGAGUCAAAUCCACUGCACUGAGGUUCAGUGAGCAGACCAAACCGUGGCUGAGCGGCUUCGCGGUGGCCAUGCUGUCGGGGCUGGUUGCGGCCGGAGUGAACGCUGAACAGACUCUCCCGUACUACGCGGUGCUGUCCGCUGUGGCCACGCACCUAACGCACCAGAUUUACACGUUGGACAUCAACAAACCGGAGGACUGCUGGAAGAAGUUUUCCUCAAACAGAAACCUCGGACUGUUGUUACUUUUGGGGAUUGUUGCUGGGAACUUGUGGAAGGAAAGGAGAGAGACUUUGCAGCCAAACGAGGAAGCAGUCAGAUAAGUGUGAUUGCCGGAAACAAAUCUUAAUUUAGUGAAAUCGUGAAUCACAUGCUACAAUGUUGCAUAAUAUAUACAUUUUUUUAAUUCUGAACAAAACCCCAUGAGACGGCAACAAGAUGUACCAUAAACUGCAAUUAGAACGUUUUAAUUGGAUUUCUUUGUCCAUUUUUAUUUUCAGAUUAUAUUGUUGACCGCAGUGGCUGCACAAAUACACACACACACACAUCAUCAACAUUUAGUCACAAUAAACAUGCAUAAGUGGGGAAAUUGUGUGUUUUUAGUUCCAAGCUGCAUUAAGCAGAUUCUACCACCAGGGAGCCGACCAAUGACCUCAGUAAACUUUCAUUUACGGGUGGUUUGGUUUCAUUUUGUCCCCCAACUGUUGAAAAUAACUGUCUUCAUGAGUCACUCGUUUACUGCAGGCCAACCUUUUUUGUUAUGGCUCUUAUCCUGCCUGAGCUUGUUUAAUGAAAUCUGAUCCGGGAGCCUGUUUUUAUAUGAAAGUUGUUUCUAGAUGAAUCACACAAACCUGCAGUACACGGAAAAGGCUUCGUACUGCACAGACCCACACGAUCUACCGUCAUUCAUUUCAGUGUACAAUUAUCCAUGAAUACUUGCCUUAACCUUUCCCAAUUCAGUAAACACAACAAAUAACAAUGAACACAAAAGUCAACACAAUGUCUGGAUUACAUUACUAAACUGUGUUGUGUUUCAAUAAGAUAAGGAGCAGAAGUAUGUUAAAAAGGGGAACCAGGCCGACGUACGUUGUAGACAAAAGUCUCAAACCAGACACGCUUCUCAAUUCUACCGCCGUAACAAUACAAGCCACAUUCAUUUGAGUGUUGAUCCAGCUUAAACACGCGUACACUUUCCUCCACGCCGGCGAGAGUUUGGGCUGCAGGAGGCCGUGUGCGUGACGGUCGGCUGUCACCGUUGCCGCCCAGGUCAACAUUCCCACCAAGUGCCCUAAAUGACAGCCGUGCCACCACAGCGAGAAACUGAACGUCGCCAGCAACGGGAAGCGCUUGCACCUCGCGUACACCAGCCUGCGCAGCCAGGAGGCUGUGGUGGCGUUCCAUCGGCGGGCGAACUGCGACAUGCGGCUGGACGCCUCCACGCUCCAGAAGUCUCCGUCGGACAGCCCGCUCCAGCCGGGGGGGUCCCCCGGGCAACGUGGCCAGAAGCCCAGCCCGGCGGCGUUGUUGAGGCAUUCGCUGCACCUCCAGUGAGAAUAAUACUGGAUCCUCAGCACCGCUCCCAGAGCCAAAACCCACGCCGCCCCACAGAGGGGGCCCGAGGCGGAGGGAUCGCACGCGUUCAGGAGGUGGACGAGCAGGCAUCUCACCAGCUCCAUCGGCAACACCUGCGUCAGCUUCAAGAAGACCGCGCGCAGAGGUUCGGGCGGAGGGUCGGCGCUGAUCCCCGUCAUCAGGGACACGAAGCGGCCGUAGGGGCACAAGGGGCCCCCGAGCAGGGUGGUGAAGUUGAGGAUGUAGCUGACGAGCGGGAGAAGCGCCGCGCGGGCCUCCUGUUGGGGCGCAGCGGCGGCCGGCGGCCGAACGCGCCUCUCCUGAAGGUCCAUGGACAGCGAGGUGAUUCUCUGAGUGAGCAGCAUCAGAGAGGACACCGCCAAGAACAGUCUGGGAGAGGAGGAGGAAGAGGAAGAAGAACUGGGCUGAGAAUGUAUCCUCCUAAUACAUUAAUGUAUUUUGAUGCUGGAUUUCCGUUGACGUACUGAAGAGCUGAUUGCAGAUUAGUACCUGAGGCUGACGGGCUCCUGCAGGUAGUAUUCUCUGUACUGGAUGAGCAGAUGCCAGAAGGUUUGCCACAACAUCUGGAUCCCAAACACCCAGGCGUGGACGCGGCCGGCGUCCACAGAGACCACCAGCAGGACAAAGACCAGGGCGGAGGCGAAGAGAAGCGAGCUGUAGACGCCCAUAGUGACGACCGCCAGGACGCAUCCUCCAGCAGAAACAAACAGGUACCUGCCGACAAACAGCCGCCACGUCGGAAUUUGUUUAUAUCACCUUAACUUGAAGACAAUUGUUUCUUUUGGCUGUUAUAGUCAGAGAGGUUGAGCUUAUAUUUACUUCAAUUGUGAGAAAAAAAUGUUUUUAUGCAAUGUUGUACUUCCUAUUAUUAUCCUGCCGUUGAUUUACGUUGUUGAUCCUUUUUGCUAUUUUUGGAUUUCAUUUGCAAAUCCAAUGCACAAACCUAACUUUUAAAUCCAAAUAUUUGUACAUAAUAAAGCUUGGAGGCUCAUUAACAUAACAAUAUCUGGCUGUAUUGCUUUUUAAAUAAAUCAUGUGCUACAAA